AUGCCCUAUCUGACACUCCGAGAUGGAGCUGAGCUCUUUUAUAAAGACUGGGGUAAUCCCGACGGAGCUAUCAUCACCUUCUCCCACGGCUGGCCCUUGAGCAGUGACAACUGGGAAAGCCAAAUGAUGUAUCUGGCUGAUCAAGGCUACCGUGUCAUCGCACACGAUCGGCGUGGCCAUGGGCUGUCUACUCAAACCUGGGACGGAAACAACAUGGACAACUUUGUCGAUGACCUUGAAGAGCUUUUCGCACUCCUGAAUGUCAAAGACGCGGUGAUAGUGGGUCAUUCCCACGGAGGAGGAGAGGUCACCCGUUACCUUGGAAAGCACGGCACAGGUCGUUUCAAGAAGGCUGUUCUUAUCGGCGCCAUACCUCCUAUCAUGUUGAAAAGCAGUAUCAACACCGAGGGAACGGACAAGACGGUCUUUGAUUGGUUCAGGGAAUCUAUCCUGAAAGAUCGCGCACAAUUCUUCCUGGACAUCCCCAGUGGACCGUUUUUUGGGUUCAACCGACCUGGUGCGCAGAAAAGCGAAGGUCAGAUUCGUAGCUGGUGGAGACAAGGAAUGAACGCCAGUUUCAAAACGGUAUAUGACUCAGUCAAGGAUUUCUCGGAAACGGAUUUCACAGAAGAUCUGAAGAAGAUUGAUAUUCCUGUGCUGGUUCUUCAUGGUGAUGAUGAUCAAGUGGUUCCAAUUCAAGCAUCUGCACUGAAGUCAGCAAAACUUCUGCCUCAAGGCCAGCUGAAGAUUUACAAAGGGGGAUCCCAUGCUAUUCACAACAUCAAUGUUGAUGAAGUCAACAAAGAUCUUCUUAACUUCAUUAAGUCAUAA